AUGGAGAUCGCAGCUGUCGCCAAUAGGUUCCCGGCUCCAAGUCGCCCAAACAUCGUCUUCAUCUUGACAGACGACCAAGAUAAUCACAUGGGAUCCCUGCAGCAUAUGCCGUCACUGCAGAAGCAUCUGGUCCAUCAAGGCACUACAUUUGAGAGACAUUAUUGCUCCACCGCUAUAUGCUGCCCUUCACGCGUCAGCCUCUGGACUGGACAGCUUGCUCACAAUACCAACGUAACAAACGUAAAUCCUCCAUGGGGAGGAUACCCCAAGUUUGUCCAAAAUGGCUACAACGACCACCAUCUUGCCCUCUGGCUGCAGCAGUCUGGCUACAACACUUACUACGUGGGGAAACUGUUCAAUGCUCAUACUAUUUACAACUACGACUCGCCUCCAGUUAGUGGAUAUACCCAGUCAAACUUCUUUCUCGACCCAUUCACGUAUCAAUACUACAAUGUCAGCACUUCUAAGAACGGGGCGCCGCCAACUAACCCUGUCGGCAAGUACUCUACUGAUAUCGUAGCUGAGAGCGCCAAUGAGUUUCUCGAUCAUGCUCUCCUGGACGAUGGUUCUCCUUUCUUUAUUACUCUUGCACCCAUCGCCCCUCAUGCUCUGGUAGGCGAAGGCUCUUUGGGAGCUUUUGAUCCCCCGCAAGUUGCGGAACGGCAUGAAGGCCUAUUUCCCGAGUACAAGAUUCCCCGGACGCCAAACUUCAAUCCCGAUUCUCCAAGCGGUGUCAACUGGGUAUCAAAACUUCCCAAGCUGAACGAUACCAUACUUGAUUAUAACGAUGAGUAUCAGAGGAAACGUCUCAGGUCUCUUCAGGCCGUAGAUGAGAUUGUAGAAUCCGUCGUUGCUCGCCUUGAUCAAGCCGGCGUGUUAGAAGAUACCUUCAUCUUUUACACCUCCGACAAUGGCUACCACAUUGGCCAGCAUCGAUUGCAUCCCGGCAAAACAUGUGGAUUUGAGACCGAUAUUAACGUCCCUCUGGUUGUUCGUGGCCCUGGAGUUCCCGCGCAGAGAGUCACUCAAGCGCCCUCCUCACACAUAGAUCUCGCUCCAACCAUCUUGCAGAUAGCCGGUAUUGGAAUUGGUGACAAGAAAUUCGAUGGGGCUCCCAUUGACAUUUAUGGCAAUGAGACCGAAUCUCGGUCGGAGCAUGCUGCUGUUGAGUUUUGGGGGUUUGGACUUGCGGAGAGCAUCUUUGGCAGAGAGACUGGCGUGCCCAUCUAUGUCAACAACACAUAUAAAGGGCUUCGCAUUGAGGCGGAGAAUUAUGGAUUCUAUUACUCCGUCUGGUGCAACAACGAAAAGGAGCUUUAUGACAUGAAGACUGACCCAGGACAACUGCAUAAUCUCCUCUCGUCAAGGGAGAGUCGCAUUAACGCUACAAUUAACAUAUCCGGUAAACAACGCCCCCUUGGAAAAGUUGUUGACCGAUUGGACGCCCUUAUGAUGGUCCUCAAAUCCUGCAAGCAGCAAUCUUGCGUCCAUCCCUGGAAAAGUCUUCAUCCAUUGGGCGAUGUCCAAAACCUCCAUGAUGCUCUUUCCACGGAAUAUGAUGAAUUCUACAGCGAACAAGUGAAAGUGAGCUUCACCAAUUGUGAAGGCGGAUACAUUGUUGAAUCGGAAGGACCCCAAAGCUUCAAUACUUUCGAUGGUGGAGAGGGCGGUGUUUAUGAUGCCCUGGAACAACAAGUUUUGGCCAAUCCCAACUGGAGUCUCUGGGAGUGA